AUAAUGCUCUCCUAUUCUGCCCUCCCAGAUCCUCUGAUGUACAAUUUCAACACCAGCCCAUACCAACCAAGAACCCGCUUUGAACACGAACGACACGGCUCGGAAGUUAUCCAACGAACAAAACCAAUCAUGACCUCCACACCUCACCGCAAGACGUCCUCGAUAUACGUCUCCGAAGCGUCUGUCGUCCUCUCGAACAGGCACUCCGUUUGCUCGCCCACAAAAUCACUCGAAUCACUGCGGUCACUGUCACCAAGCAACAUCGAGUCCCAGGAAUUCGUCGACCACUACGCUGCUCUAGACAUAACAAUCGAGGCCACACCAGCCGAUAUUCAAAAAGCCUUCCGCAAGGUUCGAAAGCUGUACUUCGAAACCGACGCAGUGCGAUUUUGUGCAACCAAGAAGGCCUUCGACACCCUGCUGGACCCUGAAUCACGCAAAGCAUACGACUCAGUCUACUGUGCACGUGCACUGGGCGCGUUGACCCAGCAAUCAAAGCAUGGACGCAAGGACAGUGCUCUGAGCAACAACGCUAAAGUACCCACUGUCCAGGAAGAGGAAGAGGAGCAGCAAGGGAUCGAAGCAGCCGCAAGACGGCAAGAUCCGAACUGGGGGUUGAAACACCAAACAAGAUUGUAUGAACCGUUUACAGGUACGGAGCCUUAUCAGUCGUUUAUCCCUGUCCCGACCACGUCGUCUCAGCCUCGAUACGUUGGUUAUCUUGCUAGGCACUCGAGGCCGUGA